CAUACACAGUGUACCCGCGACUGUUACAAUGAAGAACAAAGUCAUCCCAAAUCCUAUACUUCCAGCGGCGGGAGUCUGUAGGAACAUCGCAGCGGAUGGUGGUGCUGGUCCUCCUUCCGGAGGACAACAUGACGAUAAGACCCUAAACCCGCAAGGAAGGGUCCUGUCCGAUCACAUCACCCUGUCCGAUGCACUCAUGCGUUGUCGGAGACCAUUUGUAAUGGGAACCUUCAAUACAGUGAGAGAAGAAGCUAGAUUGGUAGAAUUAGCACACUGUGCUGAGGAACGGGGAGUGGAGAUCCUGGGAAUCCAGGAACACAGAAGAGUGCACACUGAUGACCAGAUCGUGUAUCGCAGAGUGGAGGGAUGCACGUUCAUCACUGCAUCUGCGUGGCGAAACGAGGCCCAGGCUGAAACAGUAGGGCUAAUGCUGGGCCCUCGGGCGCGUAAGGCUCUCCGUCGGGUUUAUCAUCACACCGAUAGGAUCCUUAUUGCAGAGUUCUCAGGCAACCCAGUAACAACAGUCAUAGUUGUGUACUCACCCACCAACGUGGCACCAUCUGAGGAGGUGGAGAAGUUCUAUGAGGACCUUGCAAUAGCAGUCCGAGAUGUCCCAGCACACAACUUCCUGGCAAUCCUGGGUGACUUCAAUGCAAGGCUUGGACCAGAGGACGCACCCUACAAAUACCACGACUCUACCAACCGCAAUGGCGAAACCCUACCUCAUGGCCCUUCUCAUGAACAUGAGCUACUGGCAGUGAACACCAUGUUCCGGAAAAGAACAGGCAAGAGAUGGACCUUCCAAGAUCGAGCCACAGGCAUGCUACGUCAGUUGGACUACAUAUUUGUGAGGCAAAAGUGGAGGAACUCCAUCCUGAAUGCUGAACCGUACAGCACGUUCAGCUCUGAGGGCUCUGAUCACCGCGUGGUCUCCAUGAGGGUGCGACUGAGCCUCAGGGUCCCCAAGCCAAGCCCCAAGAUCCGGCAUGACUGGAAGGCAUUCAUAACGGACCCUGGCCUUCAAACCAGGUAUACGGAGGAGGUUAGGAAGCGCUUUCGGCAGCUGGAUAAGGGAGCGGAGCCCAGCAGCGAAUACAGGAGAUUCAUUGUUGCAAACGAGGAGGCGACCAGGCUAUGUGUGCCCGUGCUGGACAGAGCCAGAACCACCCUACGGUCCAGACAUCCGGAGGUCGUAGCAGCACGGGGUAGGGUGGAGGAAGCACGCCUCAACUUUGAGCGUGAACCAACCUUGGAGAGACGUGGGGUACUGAACGAAGCCAAACAGUUUCUCUUCAGUACCUACGACACCAUCAAAGGGGAGGAACUGAUGGGGAGUGUGCAAAGAGUGUAGGCAGCGCAAGGUGAAAGGCAAUAUGG